AUGACCUCAUAUGGGUUGUCCAAGACACGUACGACAGCCAGAAUACCGCUCCGAGGCGGCGUCUCUCAGCUUCAUAAGCAGGCAGUUCUUAAUCGCAUACGGCCCGCCCCUCUCGCCGAGAAGUCUUCACAGACUGCGACCAUAAGCCAUGUCCAAUCUCCUCCGUAUACACAACUCCACCUCGGGUUAUUCGAGAUCGGAAAAGCCCUAGGCAAGGGCAAAUUCGGCCGAGUGUACCUUGCCAGACACUGGGGAUCAGGCUACAUCUGCGCCCUCAAAGUGUUAAACAAGGACGAAAUUGCCCGCGAAGAGGCCGAGAAGCACGUGAGACGCGAGAUCGAAGUCCACAGCAACCUCCGCCACCCAGGCGUUCUCGGAUUCUACGGCUGGUUUCACGACUCUCGCCGCAUAUUCCUUAUCCUCGAGUACGCCGCGGGCGGCGAGCUAUACCGGGUUCUGCAGAGCGUGGGCCGCUUCUCGGAGCGCCGUGCGGCGAAGUACAUCGCCCAGGUCGCGUUGUCAUUGGAUUACUUGCACGGGAAGAAUGUCAUGCAUCGCGACAUGAAACCCGAGAACAUCCUCCUCGGAUUACACGGCGAACUGAAACUUGCUGAUUUCGGGUACAGCGUCCAUUCUCCUAGUAAUAGGCGGGAGACGCUGUGUGGUACUUUGGAUUACUUGCCGCCUGAGAUGCUGCAGUCGCGGAAGGAGAGUUACACGAGGGCCGUCGACCAGUGGACGCUGGGGGUCCUAACAUACGAGUUUCUUACGGGCAAGGCCCCGUUUGAGGAUAGCUUGCCGAUGACGCGGACUCGGAUCUUGAAGAGGGAUAUGAAGCCUCUCCCUUCCUUCAUAUCGCCUGAAGCUAAGGAUUUUGUCGACACGUUACUGGUUCUAGAACCGUCAAAACGAUUGCCGAUUAAGGAUGUCCUCCAUCAUCCGUGGAUCGUGAAGAAUACUAUACUUUCGAAUUAA